ACCUGAUGGCAGCAUCACGCAGCCCCUUCGCACGGGUGCGUGGGAGUUCCCCGCUUCGCCAUGUCGGGGUGGUGCAACGCGCUGAAAGGAUCUCCCUAGAUCUCUCUCUCUACUCUUUCUCUCUACCGCCCUCAUCCCAUCAGCUCCAUCCUCCCCCUCACGACAGUCGGAGUCUCAGCAGCAGCGGCAUCCUCCACCCUCUCUAGGCAUCAGCAUCUUCCCCAGCGCCGGCGGUGAGACACGGAGGAGACGCAUCCGAGUGAUGCCACUGCACCAACCGCAUCUCGCCACCGCGAAAACACUCCCAGAAUAAAGCGCUUCUUCUGCGAGGAGGGAGAAACACGUUCGCCUGGAGACAUCCCCUGCCCAUGAAGAUGUCUAACGCUGACAUGGUCUUGAACUCCACCGAUCGGAUAGUGAAAUCCGUUCCCUUCCCCCUGAGUCACCGUCUCACUAUGAAGGAGGUGAUUGACUGCGAGGGGAAGCCGAGGGUGGAUCUACUGAAAGCCCACCUUACCAAGGAAGGCCGGGUGGAGGAGACCGUGGCCCUCCGAAUCAUCAAUGAAGGAGCAUCCAUCUUACGCCAGGAGAAGACCAUGCUGGACAUAGAGGCACCUGUCACAGUGUGUGGUGACAUCCAUGGGCAGUUCUUUGACCUGAUGAAGCUGUUCGAGGUGGGAGGCUCUCCAGCCACGACACGAUACCUCUUCCUGGGUGACUACGUGGACCGGGGCUACUUCAGUAUUGAGUGCGUUCUAUACCUAUGGUCACUGAAAAUCCUCUACCCAAAGACGCUAUUUUUACUGAGAGGAAAUCAUGAAUGUAGACAUUUGACAGAAUAUUUCACUUUCAAACAAGAAUGUAGAAUCAAGUAUUCAGAGCAGGUUUAUGACUGCUGUAUGGACGCGUUUGACUGUCUGCCCUUGGCCGCGCUCAUGAACCAACAGUUCCUGUGUGUCCACGGUGGACUGUCCCCAGAAAUCCAGACUUUAGACGACAUAAAGAAGUUGGACCGGUUUAAGGAGCCCCCUGCGUUCGGGCCUAUGUGUGAUCUGCUUUGGUCUGAUCCGCUGGAGGACUUUGGCAAUGAAAAGAGCCAAGAAUACUUCAGCCACAACACAGUCAGAGGCUGCUCAUACUUCUACAGUUAUCCAGCAGUCUGUGACUUCCUACAGAAUAAUAACUUGUUAUCAAUCAUUCGAGCACACGAAGCACAAGAUGCAGGGUACCGGAUGUACAGGAAGAGUCAGACCACCGGCUUCCCCUCCCUUAUUACCAUCUUCUCCGCACCAAACUACCUUGAUGUUUACAAUAAUAAAGCUGCUGUUCUCAAGUACGAGAACAAUGUAAUGAACAUCCGGCAGUUCAACUGCUCCCCUCACCCCUACUGGCUGCCAAAUUUCAUGGACGUCUUCACCUGGUCGCUGCCGUUCGUAGGAGAGAAAGUCACAGAGAUGCUGGUCAACGUGUUGAGCAUCUGCUCCGACGACGAGCUGAUGAAUGAUGGAGAUGAGAUCUUUGACGCCAAUGCAGCAGCUGCUCGGAAAGAGGUGAUUAGGAACAAGAUCCGUGCCAUUGGGAAGAUGGCCAAGAUGUUCUCUGUGCUCAGAGAGGAGAGUGAGAAUGUCUUGACUCUGAAGGGUCUGACUCCCACUGGCAUGUUGCCCAGCGGCGUGCUGUCUGGAGGAAAACAAACUCUACAGAGCGCCAUCCGCGGCUUCUCUCCCCAGCACAAGAUCAGCAGCUUCGAGGAGGCUAAAGGUCUGGACCGCGUCAACGAGCGCAUGCCGCCCCGCAAGGACGGGAUCAACCACGUGGGCCACUCGAUGGGCAAGAUGAACGUGUCUGAGACCAAUGGCACUGACGACAACAGCAACAUCCAGUGAUGAAACAGUUGCCCACCCACCUGCACCUGAGUCCAUGCCACCGCUACGAUGCAUGGCAGGACAACGCCAAACCCGUGAUUUAAGACCUCCUGCUUCCAACAAACACCCGAUGACAUAACACCACCUACACAUCCCUCCAUGCUCCAAUGUUUAAUUCGAGAACCAAACUGUCUAACUUAAAACCUUUCACUCGAGUGGGUGAGAGGCGGAGUCUUUCCUUGUCAUCAGUUUGCCGCUUACGGUUGAAACGGGAUUAUCUUGCUGAUUGCAAAUCUGCCUUGUGUGGGAGCGUUGAAUGGGAAAGGAGGGGUGGGGGGUGAUAUGCCUUGUCAAGGGCUGAAAGUGGCUUUAUCAGAGAGGGGGCGGUCUCAAGGGCAAAAUCUGCCAGUUCCUUUUUGACUCAGCCCACAAGCGGGCGGGGUUUAGGAGCUAUCUCUAAAGCCUGAUCCUCGCAGUUCAUCGGUGCGGCCGCGUCUGUACCAAAUUCCAUGCACACUUUUUCCUAUUUUGAUUAGGAGGUUUUUUCAUGAUCCCAUCUCAUAAUAAAAUUCGCUCACUCUUGAAAAUGUUUUGCUACUAGUAUUAAUACAAACACGAAUUGAGUCGACAUAACAAUGAAAAACAUUUGUAAGCAAGGACAUUUGACAACAAAAUAUGUACAUUUUAUUACUGACAAUGCAAUCUUACGUGGGGGGUUUUAUUUAUUGAUUUGGUUUUUGGUAGGAUGCCAUGAAGGGCGGAGCGUAGCGGUGCUGUUUGCCCAGACUCUUCUGAUCAAAAGCACCAUUGGGAUGUGGAGUAAUACUCCGGUGAAAGCUCAACCUUUGGCGCCACCUUCCUGAUUGUUUCUCACCUGCCUGUAACUUGAGAGAGAAUGCACAUAGUACAUUUCGCAAGUCAAAUAAAAAUAUAUAUAUAUAAAUAUAUAUAUAUAUAUAAGUAUAUUUAAAUCAGUGAUUAUCAACAAUGGUCGAGGACAAUGAUUUUCAACAGCAUCUAUGGUACUGAACGCAUCAGUGCAUGCAAUCAAGUUCCUUAUUGAUAUGUGAAAUUAUAAUUGUGAUGUGUUUCAAUAUAGUAGACUUGAAUUAUUUCCCUCUUCAGAUUAUAUUUGUAAAGGUCUAGUUUGUUUUUAUAUCUCUAUAAAUAUAUAUGAUUUUGUAAUCUUUAAUUUCAUUUCUCUUUUUUCAUUUAAAUCAUUUUAUCGUUUAUUUAUUUUUGUAUAGUUUUGCUGUACAGGCACUUGAUGCUCUUUUUGUUUCCUUUCGUUUUUUUUUUCUCUGUUCAGUUGGUGUACAGAAGUUGUUCAGUAGUGUGAAUGAACAUAUUACUCAAGCAACAUUCAGGCUGCCAAAGCAUGAUCGCAUGGUUAUUCAAAUGUAAACAAACUGGACACGAGGAAAAUUCAGUGUUUCACUUUGAAGAGGACAACUAUAUUAUCAUUAUGAUUCUUGACGAUAUUCUUCUUAUUCUUACAAUUAAGCUUACGGUUCUUUAAGUUCCACUGUUUUACUGAUCCUUGUUUGGUCCAGACGUGGUUUAUUUCAAAGGAGGAAUUUUAUGGAUUUGUGACUACUUUUCUUGUCAUUUUCUCUGGAACUAAGUUUUCGCAUUUAACUCCUAAAUGAAAACACAUAUUGUAAGCAUGCCCUAUGGGACAAAUCACUUUUUUUACUCUUGAAUAAAAUAUGCAUGAACUAAUGUUGU